UUAUCGGAUAUGACGUCCAGUUUCGUAAAAACAGGCGACCAAUCGGAGCUGUCUCUACGGCAAGUGACGUCCGAGCAUUUGAGAUCAACAAACACGACCAAUGAACAAAACAGCCAUGAGUAGCGCGUGGCAUCAGUCUAGGAGGGGUCGAGGACACAGGCAUAAGGAGCAGCGUCGACCAAACAGGGAGCAGGCAGUGGAGCAGAAUGCUGAAGACUCGGUGCCCCGUGGCACCUGUAUGACUAUGUGCCCUGACUAUGAAUUACGCCAGCGGGAGGCGCAGAAUCGACUGCACAGGUUUGAGAUGUUGGCCGGCACAGAGCGGGAUCGCUUGCCGCGUGCUGAUGUGUCACGUGCCGUCAAAGAGUACUCGCGACCUGCCGCGGGGAAAGACUCCACGAGAGCCAGUGACCUUCGACCUCCAUCUGUGCUUUUAAAGACUGUGUGUUACCUAGUUGAUGACAUUGCAGCAUCCUCUGCAUUUCAGCCAUGGACGGAGGUGUACAGUUUUGUGUUUGACCGUCUGCGUAGCGUUCGGCAGGACAUGAUUAUCCAGCGUGUGUCGGGGCCGGACUGUGUGGCUGUGCUGGAGAAAAGCGUGCGUUUCCUUCUCUACGCCUCCUACAGACUCUGCGGACAGCCACUUCAAUAUUUUGACCCACGUAUCAAUGACACGCACCUGCAGGAAAGCUUGAGCUGGUUGCUGGAGAGCUACAGAGAUGGGAAACACCCGCAUCAAGAGGAGUUCCAGGCCUUGAGUUUGCUCUAUAAUUUGGGUUCAACUCAUGCCAUUCAACAUGUUCUUGAGCUUCCUGAGAGAAUACGCAGCUCUCCAGCUGUUCAACUCGCUCUGGCCGUGAGCAGGGCACAUACGGAGCGCAACCCAGUUCGGCUGCUCCGUCUAACCCAGAGACUGGACUUCAUCCAGGUCUGUGCCGUCCACCGACACCUGCUGCCCUGCAGGAGAGACCUGCUCCUGCUCUACAGCCACGGACACAACAGCCGCAACUGCCGCUACCCUCUCCAGAGACUGGCACGCCUCCUCUUUCUGAAAGACCCGCUGGCGGCUGAGCUGUGCCAGGAGUACGGUGUAAACGUCAGCGGAGAGUGGGUGAACUUCUCUAAGAGCUCCUUCACUGAAGCUCCGUCUGGAGAUCUGCAGUGCAGACGUACGCAUGAGCCAGUGGAGGACAAGCAGUGGAACUCUUCUGCUGGCAGUGAAAUUCAUGGCUGUGCCUGAAACCACUGCAUUAAAGUGCUGUCAUGUCAUGUUUGUGAUCUUUUAAUAAUGAACAUUUCAGAGCCAUUUCCCUCUUCUAAACUGGUUUCAAUAAAGUUUUUGUAUUUUACAUAUAUAAA